CCGAGGAGAGGCAGCAUCAAGAUUGCCAUGUCUCGCAUCCGGCCAGCCCACGUGCGUCGGCUGGUUGCUGCGGGAAGUCCCGGAGCCCGCCGACAUGGAUAAUGUUCCAAGACGCCACGAGGAGGAGCUGGAGAUGGGGCUGAGACUCGGCCGCGAGGUGGCCGACCCUCCGGGUGAACGGGAGGAGACCAGGCGACACGUCGAGUGGAGGCGACACCGACUGCGGUGGACUUGGGGCUGCAGGGACUUUUGGCGUGCUGUGGAAAUGGCGACGAGAACGUUAAUCCUCGGCCUCAUACUUCUCGUCACGCCGGGACUUUGCAACCAUCAAGACGCGGUGCACAUAACGGCCAUCCUCGGCGAAAGCGUGGUGUUCAACUGCCAUGUGGAGUUCCCAGACCACAACCCGGUGCCGUACGUCCUCACCUGGCGCAAGAAGAUUAACGACGAGGUACGAUAUCGGGCUUCGGCCCAGCAGGGUGGCGGCCCCUCCCUCCUCGCCGUUCGCGAGCUGAGGGGGUGGCCGCCCUUCGCCAAGGGUGCGCUCCUGGUGCCAGCCAACUCGCCGGGCGCGCAACUCCUACCGGAGUACCUGCGUAAAGAGCUCGCACGCCACCACGGCAAGCAUACCGAGCAGGACCAGUCGAUCGACGUAGGAUUCUUGGGUAAGGAGAUACCGAUAUACAUAUGGUACGAAGCAUACCCGGCGCACAAUGGUGCAGGAUACGAAGGUCGCGUGUCCAAGGUCAGUCCCGACUCGCACUACGGGGUUGCGAGCCUCAAUCUAACCAACAUCCAGGAAAGCGAUCAAGGCUGGUACAAAUGUAUCGUCGCCUUUCUCAAUCGGUCGCCCAACAAUAAGAAUGGUACCUGGUUUCACCUCGACGUUCACGCACCACCUGCGUUCACAAUAACGCCCGAGGAGAUGAUCUAUGUAAAUCUAGGCGACGCGAUUAUCCUAAAUUGCCAAGCGAUGGGAACGCCAAAACCGGAAAUUCUCUGGUUCAAGGAUGAAAGUCCGGUGGAGCCCUCGUCGACGAUCAAGAUCAUGAACGAUGGCACCGAGCUCAGGAUCUCGAUGAUUAAGACAGAGGACAUUGGCGAUUACACUUGCCUCGCGCGUAAUGGCGAGGGACAGAUAAGUCAUACUGCCCGCGUUAUCAUAGCAGGCGGGGCAGUGAUAACAAUACCACCGACGAACGAAACUAAACGCGAGGGUGAAAAAGUCAUGUUCUCGUGCGAGGCUAAAGCUUUGCCGGGUAACGUGACGGUGCGCUGGUAUCGCGAAGGGGCCCUAAUCUCCGACGUCUCGGAGCUGGACACCCGAGCCUCGGUCAAAAUGAACGGGAGCCUCGUCAUUGAUCCCGUGAGAGCCGACGACUCCGGCAUGUACCUGUGCGAGGUCACCAACGGCAUCGGCGAGCCGCAGACAGCGAGCGCUUAUCUCAACGUCGAAUACUCAGCAAAAGUGACGUUCAAUCCAACGACCCAGUACCUCCCGUUCCGCAUGGCCGGGGUCGUGCACUGCUACAUAAAGGCGAACCCGCCCUUGCAGUACGUGACCUGGACCAAGGACAAGCGACUCCUCGAGCCCUACCAAAUAAACGACAUAAUUGUCAUGACGAACGGCUCGUUGCUAUUCACGCGAGUGAAGGAGGACCACGAGGGUAUGUACGUCUGCACCCCGUACAACGCACAUGGGACGCAGGGCAGCUCCGCGGCUAUGGAGGUGCUCGUUCGCAACCCCCCGGUAUUCACUAUCGACCCCCAGCCGAUGUAUCAGCGCAAGGUCAGCGAAACCGUGGAGAUGCACUGUGACGCCCAGGAAUCCGAGGGUACGGAGAAGCCAAUCAUCACCUGGCAAAGGAAAGACGGUGAGCCAUUGCCGCGUAACCGCGCCAAAGUCAUCGGUGGCAACUUGACAAUCGAGAGCCUGCGACGCCAGGACUUCGGUGCGUACCAGUGCGUAGCAGCCAACGAGGUGGCGACCAUAAUGAAAACGACGCAACUAAUUGUCGAAGGGACGCAGCCGCACGCACCACACAACGUCACUGGAACCGCCGACAAGUUCUCCGUCUCGCUAUCCUGGCUACCCGGAUACUCGGGCGGACCCGACUAUAAACAGGAUUACACGAUCUGGUAUCGAGAAGAAGGCGCUCAAGAUUGGAAAACGAUUCCAGUAACGCCUUCCGGAAGUACAACUGUAACAAUAAGCAGGCUACAAUCAGGAACAAAUUAUGAAUUUCAAGUCGUCGGGAAAAAUGCUCUUGGAGACGGAAUGUUCAGCAAAGUUAUAACUGUUAAAACUCUAGAUGUCGGAUUACAAAAAUCGACAAUACCAACAUCGAGUUCCGGAAAUCAGCCAUUAGGAGCAGAAGCAGACCAAAUCGGUGGACCAAGGCCUGGACCUCCAAGGAACGUAUCUGUCGCGGAAAUAAGUAAUGGAUUUCUUAUAACCUGGAUGCCUCCUCUUGAGAGGAGUCAUCUUGUCAAAUUUUACACCAUUAACUUUAAAACCGACGGACCAUGGAAAACUCUUAAUAAGGGUCAAAUUCGACCAGAAGAUACAAGUUAUCUGAUGAAAAACUUGGUCGGCGGCAGAACGUACUAUUUCGUUGUUUUCGCCAACGCAACGGACAGUGCCGGUGUGAGCGAUCAAAUAAAAUAUUCCGUGCCGGCACGCGUCAAACAAAAAGCCAUAACUGCCGGCGUAGUCGGCGGAAUCCUCUUUUUCAUCGUCGCGAUAAUCCUUAGCAUAUGCGCGGUCAAGAUCUGCAACAAGAGAAAGCGACGAAAACAGGAGAAAGAACUGCUUUCAGCGUAUAACAUGGUGACCUGCCGGGUAACGGACGCCCGAAAUGGCGCAGGGCAGGGGCCCCAGGGAACAGUGCCUUUGAAAAAAUCUAGAAAAAGCCGAGUACCAGGUCUGAGCCUUCUACGGGAAAUAAUCAGCCCAGCGACGCCGGAUCUUAGCCGCCGCUGCCGGCCACUCGGGAAGAUCAGCCGAGCAGCCGACGGGCGUUUCGUCAUCGCAGACUCGGUCAUGUCCUCGGCCAACAACAGCAUCCUCGAUGCCUCGAGCAGCGACGACGGUGGCUUUCUGCCGAAGCAGCACCACCGUCUCAAGUCCUCUUGGCGCCGGCCCCUCGUCGGCACCAGCCAACUAAGCCUGCGCUCCGAGGGCAGCGGCCUCUCGAUCGCCCAAACCCCCAGCGGUCACCACCUCCUCGACGGUCCGAUAAAUCCCCUUGGCUGCCCGACCCUCGGCCCCGAUCCCGCUGUCUCGCCUCGUUUCCUCGCGAGCUCACCCAGCCAAGGACCCCGGUCCGCCCCCUGGACGUCGCCCGUCUACCUGAGCGACCUCAGCUCGGUACGUCAACCAAACUCCUCCGUGGAGCGAAGCGCCUCGGCCUUCCCGACGCCGCCGAGUUAUAUCCAACUGCGCACCGUCCACCAACGCUACAGUCAAGAGCUGCCCUCGCUCAAAGCCAUUCACGCGGAGUCUCAGCGCUUCGCGCCGGUGCAACCGCUGGCGACGUCUUCGCCACCACAAACGGCGGGCCGACCCCGGGCUCGCUUGCCUCCGAGGCACGCGAGGCACGCGCGUUCCGCUCCCGAGCUCGCUGCCUCACCUGACCUCGAAACAUCCCCGGAGAGCCGCUCCAGUAGCUCGGGUUUCGGUAGCAAGAAUACCUCCCAGCAGAACCAGAGCUCCCGCAGUGGCAGCACCGUCGCCGAAUGGCGGCCACCCCCGUACCGGCCUCCGCCCCCGCCACUCUCCGUUGGCCGCUGGCUCGAGCUCCAGGACCAACACCAUCCGGCACUCAAGGCCGCCCUCAACGCCCAAAGCGCGGCCAACGGGGACGCCGGCAGCGUCGACGGCCAUUACGAAUUCGAUCCAGUGUCCUGCACCCCGACGCCAACUACGGCCUCGACGCCAACGCGAGAGGAGCGGCCCCCGGUACACCAGAUGCACCACCAACUGCCGCAGAUUCAUCAAGUGCAUACGGCGCAGCAGAGUGAUCAGCAGCCAGCGAGCGCCCGCUACUCCAGGGACAACAUCGAGGCUCGGGUCCAAGCGAUGAAGGCCGAGUUUCACCAGUUCAGACAAAGACAGGCUAAGAGGCGACAGAGUGCCCAUCUCGAGAGCGCCUGCUGAUCCUCGGGAAAGUACCUCGCCCACGAUGAAAGGGCUCCUCUUAUAUCCGACAGUUCGGUGGUAGAGGGCGCGACGAGGAUGUACGAGACUUCCGACG